AUGUCGGUCGCUCUUCCCUAUGAUGUACUGUUUUGCACCAGUGAGGAUCCGCAUCAUCCUGUCUCAGAGCUUGGCGGAUCCAACGGUGAGGUAAAGCCUGGAUCACCGAUACCGGCUGGCUGGCAGAGCGCGCGCCACGGCAAGACGCCCCAAACCUUAGUAAUCCGCUUUCAGGGCAACGUGUGGUUGCAGCAGCUUCGGAUUCUAUCUCAUGAGGCAAAGAUCGCGACGAAAGUGGAGGUGCGCGUUGCGAAGCUCUCCGAAGGCGAUGACUGGGACAACCCACCAUCGUUCCGCAACGUGCGGUUUGUCAAGCUCGGUUCCGUGGACUUCAACAGCAACGAACAGUCGCACUUCAAGUCAAAGGAGCGCAAAACGGUCCAUCUCAAAACGGAGGCCUAUUUCCUCAAGCUACUCUUUGACCGACCCUUUAUCAACGCCUACAACACAGGGCAUCAGGUCGGAAUCUACUCUCUGGAGUGCAGCGGGUACCUGAUCGAACCCAUCGCAUUCCACGCUGAUCGGCUACCUGGAGUCGCGACACCACCCCGGCGCCGCAGCUUGGCCACGCAGCCGACAAAGCCGGCAGCGAUAAAGCGACAGUCAUCUGAGGCGCCGCCGGCCUUGGUGUCACUCGACGGCAAGCGCGCGAAAAGCGUAUCGAAUGUCGACGGGGGCGAUGACAAGUCUGUGCCCCUCGCCUCUUUGACGUCCCCGCCAAAGGCUCGCUUGUCCUACGGUGGCGGGGCGACGUCCCACGCGGCGCCGAACGGGAUCUUCCGCUCUGUCCGUAUCCUCGAGUUUGAGGACUUUUUUCUGCGUCGCUCCGAGGAGCUGGUGUCACUCAAGGCGCAGGCGGUGGCGGUCGAGGACUAUCACGUCGCCGCCGAGUGCCGCGACAAGCUGGCACUGUUGAACAACCGGGCCAGGGAGAUCUACGAACUUGAGCAAGACAAGGUGCAGGCCAUCAUUGACGAGCAUUUCGACACCGCGCAGAAGUUGAAGACUCGCAUGAACACGCUUGUUGAGCAGCUGUUCGAAGAGACCUCUCUGCCCUCUCCGGCAGUGGCGACACCCUCUGCCCGAAGUGGCGAAUGGGUCCCCGGUGUCGCAAGCCACCCUCGAUAUAAUGCCAGCCUUUCCUCCACGCCUGUCUCCAUAGCUGGUACGCCGGGCGCCGAUGAAGCUGUCGAGAAUGUGAGGUCGCUCGUGUCUGACGCGAUCGAGGCGAACGAACUGGAAGAACAGAUAAUCAAUGUGGACACACUAGAGCCGCGCGAAAAGGCCGUGGCACAUGCGAUUCUUUCUUGUGCUGGUAGCGAAGAAGUCGCCUCCGUCGCACUCGCGAAUCCUGGCUUCGACAUCCAGUUUCUCAUUGCCGCCGUCGGCAGCUUCACAGUGGCGUGCUUGUUUUCGCGCAGCUUCAAGCUUCGGGAGGCCGCUUUGAUUGUGCUGACCGAGAAGAUGGAUAUGCUGCCGUCUCCUGCGCAGACUGUCGAGGAUGCCCUACUUCGCUUUCUAGACCUCAACGCGUACGGCCUUCAGGACUCGAUCCCGAAUGUGGUCUUUGCGGCGUGCACCUUUGUUCGCAUGUGUCUCGACGACACAUCCAAGUGCAUCGGCGGUGUUCUCUCGCCUCUCGUUGCCCUCCUCCCGCGCCUCCUUACGCGAUGCAGCGACAACCUUCAGCGCAUCCGCGAUGAGGCGCUCACCACCCUGACGCUGUACGUGAAGACCCCCUCCAUCCCGUCCAGUUCUAUCCUGUCAGCUGCGUUGAUGGAGCCAACUGACAAGGAGAGGCGCAAUCUGCCACGCAACAAUGCGAGGGCGCAGGUCGCGCGCUUGAGUCUGUUUCAGCUGUUUGUGGAAAACGGCCGCCUACACGUGGACAACGCCAGCUUCAACUCCGAGCAGGUGCUCCAGAAACUACUUCUCCCCACGGUGAACCACCCCAAUCCCGAGGUGCGCGAUUUGGCGGUUUCGAUUCUGGGAAAGCUCGUCGCCGGUCGUCAGUUCGCUGUGCGGGACAAGGACCUUGCAAAGAUCACUCACGCCGGUAUUCGCGAGACCAUCGCCAGUAAGCGUUGA